AUUCUCAACAACUACUUCACAUUUGACACACCUCAGUCUCCCUUCUUAACAGAUCCAUCGAGAUCAUCCCUCCAUUCUUCUUCUCCUAGCUACUGAUUUGUUUGUGGUGCGCGAUCGCAUCUGGUACGUUGAAGCUAGCUAGCUAGCUAGCAAUGGAGAACAUGUUGGGUCUGUUGAGAAUUCACAUCCAAAGAGGAGUGAACCUCGCCGUCCGAGACAUGAGAAGCAGUGACCCUUAUCUUAUUGUCAAAAUGGGCAAGCAGAAGCUAAAGACUCGUGUGGUGAAGAAGAGCCUGAAUCCUGAGUGGAAUGAGCAACUGACUCUUUCUAUUGUUGAUCCAGAUCUUCCAAUCCUGGUCUCUGUGUAUGACAAGGAUACAUUUAGUUUUGAUGACAAAAUGGGGGAUGCACAGUUUGAGAUCGGUCCAUUCUUCAAAGCCAUGAAGACGGGUUUCCAAGGCCUCCAAGAUCAAGAUGGAGCCAUAAUCUCUAAAGUGCAGGUAAACAAGCAAAACUGUCUAGCCGAAGAGAGCUGCAUUAUCUACUCCAAAGGCAAACUGGUACAAAACAUGGUUCUCAGACUCAGAAAUGUCGAAUGUGGGGAAGUGGAACUCCAAUUGCAGUGGAUAGAUAUUCCUAGUUCCAAGGGUCGACCAUAG